AUCGGAUCUUUCCCUUCUCUAUCAACUUGAUCGUCUACAUAAUAACUCUUCUUGUCUUUUUCCUUCUUCACAAAUGAGUCCUUGUUUUGAAAAAAUUCUAAUUAUUAUUUUUGAUACCAAAUUGCUCAGGAUAUGAGGUUGAGUCUCAUUUUCACCUAGUCUUGAAUCUUGAACAUUUUUGUAUUUUUUUCCAACGCUUUUCAUCAUAUUAAUUAGUCAAUUAAUCACAAAGAAUGGUUAGAUGUUAUAAUAAUCCUAACAUCGUUGAUCAAUUUUGAAAUGUAGAAUAACUUUGUAUAUCAAGAAAGUAUACAUAGUAGUUAUCUGUUCUAUCAAAAUAGAUAAAACAUGACCUAUUCAAAGUAAACAUGUUACUGGACACUAUAUAGUUUAAGAAUACCUGACGAAUACAAUGUACACACAUGGACAUAACGUAACACGUACGGUCAUUUCUGAUUAGGGAAAAAAUUGACACACUUUCUUGGAAAAAAAAAACUAAUUUGUAUAUGCAUUUGGGGGUAAGUUAUAGCCAGGUUCGAUUAUUGAAAUUUGAUCUUGAAAAGGGUUGCACAAACCAUAAUGUAACAUUAGGUCUUUAGCUAUGUAGAAAUAGAAACAUAAGGUAAUUUGACUACAAAACAAUAGUGCGGAAACAAUUAUAUAUUGCUUUAUGUUUUCUUGUUUGUUUAUAGUGAACACACACAAAAUUAAGGCCGGACCUAUCAACUUGACACGUUAUCUCUACGUCUCGUGCUCUUGCCAUUUUGCUGUGAUCGGUAAGUUCUCAAAGACACUUUUGCUUAGACCGCAGUUCUAUACAUCAAUCCAAUUUAGCAUUGAAGUCCCCAGAGUCACACGUACCAUGAACAAAACCCUAAGCGCCCUUUUAAUCACUAAUCAAUCUCAAACUCACCACUUAUAUAGUUAAACUAAUCUAACAACAGAACAAACUUUUGUUUAUUUAUCAUAUAAACUGUACUUUCAGUAAACCCAGUAAACGUUGUGUUUCAUUAUUUUAUUUAUUUUAUGAAACUAUAUAUACAUGACAAAUAUGAAAUAUGCUAAAACAAAAUAAAAACUUAAAAAAGUUGAGGCUCAUUUUUACCAAGCGCCAGGCUUGCGAAUUGUUGACCACACUCUCAUCAUCUCUCUCUCUUAUCUUCAUAGUUUCAUCUUUUCACUUAGAUUAAAUUAUAUAUAUAUAUAUAUAUGUUUUGUAUAUAUAACUAUGCAUUUUCAUUAUUUGUACUCUUAACCCUCUUGAAUUAUUGGUCUCCGGAAUAGUUUUUUAAGUAUACAAUUUAACUGUACAGAUGUCUCUUGUGACGUUGAAGGAUUAAAAAUAAAGAGGGACAGAGAGAGAGAGAGAUAAGAAAAAUGAACUUUGAGGAGCAAGAAGAAGAAAUGGAGAUGUCAGGUGCUAACCCCACCGGAGGUUACGACUCUCUGAGCGGCGAGGGAGCGACCUCAAGCGGAGGUGGUGGCGGAGGAGGUAGUAGAAAAACCGUUGGAGGGUCGAAGGUAAGGUACAGAGAGUGCUUAAAAAAUCAUGCCGUUAACAUCGGCGGCCACGCCGUGGACGGCUGCUGUGAGUUCAUGCCUUCCGGUGAAGAUGGUUCACUCGACGCUCUCAAGUGUGCAGCUUGUGGCUGCCACCGAAACUUCCACCGGAAGGAAACCGAAGUCAUGAGCGGCAGGGCACACAGGGUUCCAACGUACUACAACCGUCCUCCUCAGCUGCCGCCGCCAGGAUACCUCCAUUUAACGUCUCCGGCGGCGGCAGGACAGCCUUACAGGCCUCCUGCGGCCUCUGGGGACGAGGAGGAUACGUCGAAUCCGAGCAGCAGCGGCGGAACAAGGGCUAAGAGGUUUAGAACGAAGUUCACAGCGGAGCAGAAGGAGAAGAUGUUGGCCUUCGCGGAGAGGUUGGGGUGGAGAAUUCAGAAGCAUGAUGACGCGACGGUUGAGCAGUUCUGUGCGGAAACUGGUGUUAGGAGACAAGUGCUUAAGAUUUGGAUGCAUAACAACAAGAACUCUCUUGGUAAGAAACCCUAAAUUUUCUUGUAUGAUUUAAGCGCAAGAGAUCAUCAUUGCUUCUUUUUCUUUUUGUUGUUGGUAAUGACUUUUUUGUAAGUACUUUACUUCCGGACAUGAUUUCUUCUUUUAGAUAAUUAAUUAAUCUACUACUUUGGGACGGUUUAGCCGUUUAGGAGGCAUUGUGAUAUAUUCAGCUUUUGUUCGAAUGGUUAAGUUGAUAAAAGUUACUUAUGAUGCAACUGAUAUUUAGUGUACUCAAAGUAAGGUGUUUCUAGCCUAAGUUGCUAGUCGUAGACCAAGUUGUUUUACCCUAUAGUGUCUUAGACUGUUAACCUGUUCGAGUCUUUGUAAACCAAACCAACUUUGGUAAUCAAUAUAUAAGCUCUUUCCACUUUAA